AUGUCUGCCAACGGUGACGACCACGCUCUUUCCGACGUGACCAACAAGGUUGCCAAGGUCCAGGUCAGUGAGGUGGCACUCGAGCGUGUCAAACAAGCGGAUUGGGUCCCCACCCAGGGAUUCGACUACGGAAAGUAUAAUAAGGGACCUCAUGAUAAGACCGCUCCAGCUUCGGGGCCAGAUCAGCCGCAAGGAGACGCUUCAGGUUGGGCUAGUGAUGCAGUCAGAUACGAAUGGGACGAAGACUAUGGGGAUGUCGGCCCAGAACACAAAGGACUGGAGGACAUACUGUUCGGCAAUGAAAACAAGAUGGUGCGAGGCGAAGAGUUCUCCACGCUUACCGAGAUCGCUGUCACCUUCGAGAGUCAGACAAAGAUCAAGCCAGUUGCCAAGUUUGAAGAUGCCGGCCUUCAUCCCUUGAUGCUCGCAAAUGUUAAGCUCUGCGGCUACGAGGUUCCAACUCCAAUUCAAGCUUACUGUCUCCCCUCGGUCCUGAAAGGCAUCGAUAUCAUUGGCGUUGCUCAGACUGGAUCCGGAAAAACAGCUGCAUUCCUGAUCCCUACCCUGUCCAAGCUUAUGGGUAAGGCCAAGAAGUUGGCUGCUCCACGUCCAAACCUCACGAAACCAUGGACUCGUGAAGACGGGGUUCGUGCUGAACCUUUGAUUCUUAUUGUUGCUCCUACUCGUGAGCUAGCAACUCAGAUCUUUGAUGAAGCCCGUCGCCUUUGUUACCGAUCUAUGCUUCGUCCUUGCGUCAUCUAUGGUGGUGCUCCGACUGGAGAGCAGAUGGAUGAACUCAGAAAGGGCUGCGAUGUGUUAGUUGCUACUCCCGGACGUCUCAUGGACUUCAUGAGCCGUGGACACCUUCUAUCACUCAGCCGCGUCAAAUAUACUAUUAUCGAUGAGGCUGACGAGAUGGUGUCUCCUGACUGGGUCGAUGAAAUGCGGGCUGUGAUGGGAGGCGCAGAUUCUAAUGCCGAUGAUGAUCAUGUCUAUAUGAUGUUCUCUGCCACGUUCCCCAAGGAAGCUCGCGCUGUUGCCAAAGAGUACAUGUCAAAGGAUCACAUCCGCAUCCGCGUCGGUCGCGCCGGCUCUUCACACAUGAACGUCGUCCAGAAGGUCCUUUUCGUCGACGAGCCUAAGAAGCGCGAGUGUCUCUUUGAUCUCUUGCUGUCAGUGCCUCCUGCUCGUACUAUUGUCUUCGUGAACAACAAAAAGGCAGCGGAUUUUCUAGAUGACUUCCUCUACAACCGUGGGCUUCCAAGCACAUCCAUACACUCAGACCGCACCCAGCGUGAGCGCGAAGACGCAAUUCGUGCUUUCAGAUCAGGCAAAGCUCCUCUGCUUGUUGCCACUGGUGUAUCUGCUCGCGGACUCGACAUCAAGAACGUGAUGCAUGUCAUCAAUUACGACUUACCCAAUUCUGACUAUGGCGGCAUUCACGAAUAUGUCCACCGCAUCGGGCGAACUGCUCGUAUCGGCAAUAUCGGCAUGGCGACAUCUUUCUACAAUGACAAGAACGAGGACAUAGCCGACGCUUUGACCAAGCUGCUCAUUGAAACCCAUCAGGUCGUGCCUGACUUCCUUGAGAGCUACAAGCCUGAAAAUGAGGAACAGCUGAAAUUCGAUGACGAUACUGAUGAUGAGGGCGACGACGCGGCUGGUGGUGACGCUUGGGGUGGGGCAGCGCAGACAAAUGGCGCGGCCAAUGGCGAUACCUCUGGUGAUGCUUGGGGUAGCGAAGCUCCUGCUACUGACACUAACAGUGGCUGGAAUUAG